AUGGGUACAGCCGACGGUGGUAUUACGCCGCCCUUGAUGGAAGUUCAGGAUCAAUUUCUCGAGGACAACGCUUCUAAACCAGUUGGAAUUAUCGCAUACUCAUCAGAACUAGCGUUUAGUGCAUUGCUUUUGGGUGCCAUGUACCGUAAUGACAUAGUUUUGCUUCGUGUAUAUAUGUACUACGUCGUGGUGACCAUCGUCACUUCAAUCCUGGUGUAUUCUAUGGUGAUAGCGGCUGUCUCUCUCCUUACAAAGAUGGUCAUUAUUGGAAAUAUGGUUUACAAUGGCUACGUUAUAUUAUUGGUGAGAAGCGCUAUCGUCGAAAUAAAAGAAAAUAGCACAUCCGAAAAAAAUGGUCACGUGACUUUAUAUUCUGUGGCGAAGUUUCAAUGUGACGAAGAAAAAAUCGAUAUUGGAAAUAUAUCUGAACCUUCGAAACCUAUUGAGAGUUUACCGAAAGAAGAAAAUAUAGUAAAAGAAGAGGAUAGUAUUGAAAAACAUGAAAAUAAAACUCCACAAAAAUUGGAAACAGUCACCGAAAAUCCUAAAGAGGAAUAA